CGAUGGUGCUUAGUGAAACCAACCUGUUCUCGCGGUUUUAGAUGGUUAUAUUAUGAAAUUGGACGAAGGCGAAUGAAAGAGACAUUAAUGGGAGCGAUGAACAACUGUCUGUUGCCAUUUUUCAAGAACUGUGUCUUGGAAAAUUAUGGUCUGAAACUUCUCAAAGAGCUUGAUAAAGGUCAGUCAGAUUUUCCGGUUUGGCUUCACAGUAUAGAUUACUUUACAUGCAAAGUCUUUUGUUUGAAACAGUGAAUUCCGUGUCUUUUAUCUGGAAUGACAACAUGCGGGAGAAACGUGAAGCCAACGCUACUUGACGCGCGCCGAUUCGUGAUAGACCGCGCGGUGAUGGCGUAUAAGGGGACUGAAAUUGACGUACUACUGUAUAUGGCGUGGGGACAUGACCGCGCGGUGAUGGCGUAUAAAGGGACUGAAACUGACGUACUAUAUGGCGUGGAAAUGGCGUGGAGGGCUGACGCCACUGCUCACGUGUUGCUCACGCCAGGCUUCACUUUUUAAGUUCACUUCACGGCACAAUCGCACUGCAUCGUGACUGGAUGGCACGGAAAACAGUGGGAUUUUGACAACAAUGAAAAAACAAUAGUGCAUUCCUGUCACUGGAUCGUGACCACUAUAUUACAUAUACUCUGCUAUCUUUUAGUGGCCUGCAGUGCCGGGUCAGCGGAUUGUGUGGCACGGACACUGUCAUGUAUUGCUGACGUGCUCAGUGAAAUGGCGGGCGAUAAAGUUGGUCUGCGGAGUGGCCCUGCAGCAAAUGAAAGUUGGAUGCAUGCUUACCGACUAUUGGAGGUACGGUAUCUUAUCUUUCGUUAUCUUAUUCAAGCUGUAGGCCUGGGGCCGCAAUAAGAAACGCCUAUUUGAGAGUUAAUCACUACUUAACUACAAAAGAGUGAUUAAAAAAGUGAUUAAGAGUUUUAUACAACCGGCCCCUGCUUGUAAACUUGUUAAGUUUUGUUUGCAAUAUUUGUUUAGAGGAGAGAUAUUACCGAAGGUGUUAUGGAACUCGCAAAUCAACGAGAUAAGUGGUUGCGGAGGUACAUUAUACACGAAGUUAACCGUUUUUCAAAUACAUCCUUCCAGAAAGCACUUAGCCGUUGUUAUAUAGAGCCUCGCUUCCGUGAUUGAGACAUUUUUUGAAAGGGAGGGUGUCCACCCCCUACCCCUGAAUAAUUCUCUAAACUUAUUCCUAGGUCUGACUUGCUUAUCCGGGCUGCCCGUCAUUAUGAAGGGGCAAUGCAAAUAUUAAUCAGACAUGCUGUGAUGACAGGAAGACAGGUAUGAAAAUUCUAUCUAUUUUGCUAAGCAACAUCUUAUAUUCAUUUUCAGCAGGCUAUUUUAUUAAAAUACAAGAAUCUACUAUGUACAUUCAGGGUUUGAUAUAUCUCAGUAAGCGUUGCGAUCCACCAGAUAGUUAUCCACUUUCGAAAUGUAGACACACUGAGCGUCCUGGCUUGGACACACCUGUUAACAUUCAACGUGUAUUCUUUGCUUUUUAGUUUGUCACAUUUUCUCCAAAAUCUCAGCCUCCUAUUGGUCAAUGGUUUAUCGCGGAAAGUCCAGCCCGUGUUGACCUGUCAGGAGCCUGGAGCGAUACGCCACCUGUGACGUAUGAACAUGGAGGCGCGGUUACUAAUAUCGCAAUUAAAAUAAGAGGAAAGGUAAGCGCAAAACUUUUGUAUUCAACUUUUAUUUCUCUGCGGUACAAAAGCUAUAUUAGUCGUUUUAAGGCCCUUUACCAAAAUAUGGAAAUAUUUUUACCAUAGAAUAAGGGACUGGUCAUUAUUUAUGGCGGGGGGUGGCACCGAAAAGAAAAGGGUUGGGUAAACAAAAUUUUGAGUGAGUAAAAGGUUGGGUAAAUGAAAAACGAAACAACUCAAGGGUUGGGUAAUAAAAAUUUAUUGUCAUUUCCAAAGCAUGACUCACUCAAAUAUUGAAGACUGAAAACUUCAAUGUCAACAGUCAUUUGUCAAUACAAUAUGUGAAUCAAUCAGAGUCACUAUCUUGGUCAUUUUCCGAUUUGUUGGGAGACAAACGGUGUCUCCAAGGAAAGUAAAUGUGCAGACAACAUGAAACUUUAGACUGCAGAAAAGUCAGUAAAUUUCACAAGCCGAACGUUAUCAAACGUAUCACAGAAGUGGUAAAGGACAUGUGUGACAACUGAAUGACAUCCUUUUGUAACGUUUUUGGCCAGGGGUGGGUAUUUAUUUUUAAAUGAUAUCUGAGGUUGGGUAAUCAAAUUUUUGAUUUUUUAAUGGUUGGGUCAGCAAAAGUUUUUGCCACGAAAAACAUUUCUCUUCGGUGCCACCCCCCACCAUAAAUAAUGACCGGUCCCUAACGUUUCUUAAAGAAUGGCAAGUUUUACACCCGUAUUCUAAAAGCUCAUUCACACUCAAUGAGUGGAGGUUCAAUCUGAGCUUCUCUUGAGUGUCAGUGCUGUUUUUGAAUAGCUGGAGGGUGAGUAGUCACAUAGUAAGGUAUGACACUAACCCUCCAGCUAUUCAAAAACAGCAUUGACACUCGAGAGAAGCUCAGAUUGAACCUCCACUCAUUGUGUGUGAGUGAGCUUUUAGAAUACAGGCGUUAGUCUUGCUGAUCAGUUAACCUUUUUUACAAGCACCUAUAAAAAACCUUGUCUAUAAGAAAACCUUCAAUGUCAGUUAAAUACUCUACAUUCCUCAUUCCUUAGAAACCUAUUGGAGCAAAAGUGAGAAAAAUUCCCGAGUAA